AUGAAUAUCGCGCAAAAAGGUUUUGACUGUAUUAAACCAGUUAGAGUCAUCAAACCACCAGGUUGGCAAUGCUGCAAUGGACAUGUACUGUGCAAUAAUUGCCGCAGUCGUUCUGUCAAAUGUCCUGUCUGCCGAGUGCCGUUGGGACCCAGAGGCAGGUGUCUGCUAUCUGAUAAAUUGUUUACACUACUAGCAGACAAUUUUCCAUGUGAUGGUGUGAAAAGCAACAAGAGCACACCAACCCAGCAGAGGAAAUGCACAGCGGAUUAUCAUAAUCACCCAAAGAUGGCAAUUGCAACAAAACCGUGCGAACAGCAACAAUUUCAACAGCAAAUUAAAACCAAAGAAAUUAAGAAAAAGUUUAAAUCCUUAUAUCGUCAACAGGAGCAACAACAACAACAACAGCAGCAUCAACAACAACAACAGCAGCUGCAACAACAGCAGCGAUGUCAGUCUCCACGACAAGAGCACAAGACUCAUCAACAACAGCACAAUUGCCAAGAAAAACUUAAUAAAAAUGGCAACACACAGGAUGCGAUGGUUACUGUUGUUGUGAAUGAUGUUGCUGUGGUGAAGAGUGUUGCAGAAAUUUUGCUAAGAGAAGGGGAACAACAACAACAACAGCAACAGCAAGAACAACAAGAACAAUUAAAAACAACAGUGCAAUAUAAUUGUAAAGUUCCAGCCGAAACUAAUAGCAACAAAAGUGACACAAGUAGAAGCAAAAAUAACAACAACAAUAACAAUAAUAGUAUCUGGAACAGCAACAGUAGUUGCAAUAGCAACAAUGAAGCUGACACUGACAAUAACAUAAGCUUGCGGCGUAAAAGUCGAACAACCAAAGUCCAUCAACAUCAACUAAACGAGAUGAAAAUAUUAAAAAGUCACGAGCAAAAGCAAUUGCUUAACAACGACAAGAACAACAAGAACAACAAUAACAACAACAGCAAUAGAAACAUUGACAGCAACAACAAUGAAAGCAUUUCUGAUAACAAUAACAAUAGCCACAACGGAAUAGCAUUGUCCGUAAAAAUGUCCAGUGCAAGUGUCAACAAUACAGUCCAAGAUUCUUAUAACAUUAAUAGCAACAACAACAGCAAUAGCAACAACAACAGGAACGCUUCCAACAAUAAUAACAACAACAAAAACAAUGUUGAUAGAGAAUUGCUCGUUAAACACAAGUUAAAGUCAAACAGGAAAGCUACAGAUUACUACAUGUUCAAUGUUGACGAUGAGCAAAAGACGCAUCACCACCAGCAACGGCAACAACAGCAGCAGCAGCAAGAACCAAGCAAUAACUAUAGCAGUAAUAAGAUUAGGGUCCAAAGUCACGAAUUGGAAGACGAUGAAGUUACAAUUGUAAAUAAUGGAAUGCCAACAAAUAAACUACAACAGCGACAACAAAAACACCAACAACACCAACAAUAUCAACAACAACAAGAAUAUCAGCAACUAAAUCAGCAACAACAAUAUCACAAUUAUCAUUGCCCUACUGGGAAAUCAUGUAGUUGCAGCUACGUGAAAACUUCCGGCACUGCAAUGGCAGUGACUAAGACAGCAAUGGGGAUUUCAACUAUAGUCCGUCAAGAGGAUGUGCCUACAAUGAUGUCGCUAUAUGGUCAAUUUAUGAAGAGUAACAUGGAUGGUUUAAAACGUGUCAAAAAAGUUAAAAGCAAAGCAAAAGCUGCUAAAGGAUAA